CCUCUUACUUUUUGUAAAUUUCCGCCCAUUGCGGUAUUCUUGGACGUUUCCUAAUUCGGAUGCCCGAAUAGUAUAUUGAUGCCAACUCAAAUUCUGAUGAGGCUAACCCAAGCGCUGGGUAUAUUAUUGCCGCCGCCUGGCUUUGCAACGUUGUAUCUGGUUCGCAUGUGGACAGUCACGUCCAGAAUAACCAUUGAUGUCUUGCGACCAGGCACUUCCGUGACUCCCACCCUCUGUGACAGCACCGAUGCAACUGUUGAGUCCGCACCAUUCACCGUUAACGCAGGAACUUCUAUAUUCUGCCCUCAUGCCACUUCGAGUAUAGUUGUUCCCACAACUCCCCCGGCUCUUCUACCACAGCUUCAGGCGCUAGUCAGGCAAUCCAAUCCACCGCCGCGACGUCCACAUUCACCGGCACUUCGCACAGUGUUAAUAUCGGACCUUUGUCGGUGGCGUUUUUGGCGGAAUCGCUCUCGUAGUAUUCGGCGUGACUGCUACCCCAUGUCUGCGACGGAGAAGGCGUUCUGAUACAGUCAACCUCAUCCCUGAAUGAAAAGAGCGGCCAUAUAAUCUAUACACUCUAUACAAUCCUUCAAUCCCCGAAGUACAAACAGCAUGCAACGCGAACACGAGUCCUUCCUCGACACAUUAUGUAUCUUCGACCUCCAUACCACUCACUUCCAACUGCCGCCAGCCAUUGGCCGAGACCAAUAUCUACUUGAUACUGUCCCCCCUGGCUUCUCCAAGUAUAUCACUCUCUCGAGACGUAAAUAGCUCUUCUCCUGAGCAAGAUCUUAAGA